AUGUCAGGAAUCGGCUCCCCUCAACCCGAUCUAAAUCGUAAUCGGCUUCCAACUCUAUUCGAGGUGCUCAGUAGAAGGACUUUACCCCCAGUGGAUCUAUUCUCCUUCUAUAUUUAUAUGAGAGAUCAGCAGCGCUCUGUUGAUUACCUUGAUUUUUGGCUUGAUGUUGCUCAACAUAUGUCGUUAUGCCGACACUAUGUUCGCGAACUGCGACGAUCUGUAAUGAUUGGUACACCCAAAGGCGAAGAUGCUCAAUCAAAACGAUCUUCUGCUGUUCUAGAAAAUCUCGGUGAUAUGUCAAAUCCCGCCGGACCAUCCAUGUUCACUACAGAAAAGGAGAAAAACCAAGAUGCUCAGAUGUCCGCCUUCCUCAGGGAACAAUCUGAUACUGGAGAGGUUAUUGCCCCACAAGGACACUCUCCUUCUCAUAGUUUGGGAUCCAAUGGUAACGGCCACGAUCUGGGAAACAUGUCUAGCGAAAGGCCUAGACCAAGUUUCAUGAGCAGCCCUAUGGAUUUGACGUCAGAUUCAAACUCUCCUGCACACACUGUCGCGAGAGCCGACAUCCGAGCUUCUGCUGAGAAGAUUCUCUAUACUUUCCUCCUCCCAGGUGCUGAACGUGAGAUUAUUCUUCCACACUCCAUCACCCAAGAUAUCAUCAUUUCCAUUGAGGAAAGAGGACGCGACGAUCCGGAAGUGUUUGAUGCAGCCAAGGACUAUGUUUUCCAAGCAAUGGAAAGGGAUGCUUUCCCAGGCUUCUUAAGAAUGAAAGCUCUAGGCAACUUGGUCCCCCCUUCGAUGAUGUUGAGAUUGAUUGUUGGCUUACUUUCAAUGUUUGCCGCAUUCUGGGUUGGAUUCAUUCUAAUCUUCCUCAACUAUCCCCACCAUACUCGUGUUUGGCUCCUUCUUCCCUUCACCAUUGGUGUCUAUGCACUCUGUUCUCACCAAUAUGCCCUCGAUCCCAUUCUUGCCCUGGCCGGAUACAGUGAAUACACAUUCAUGUCUUUCUCCAAAAUUCGAGAACCAUUUGUUCGAAGGCUUCUCCACAAACGUGCACUCAUGGUCCUAAUGGUCACAGCUAUCACCGAUGCAGCACUAGUCCUAAUAUUUGCGUUGGUACCUGGAAAGAGAUUGUAA